AAACCAAUGUGUGGAGUCAUCUAAGUAGUCCUUGGACUGGGUUUGUUUUAAAAAAAACUAGUUAUAUAUCACCAUUUUAGAUGUGAAGAGUCAGUUGGACCGCGAAGUUUGAUCGGUCAACAUGAGAUCUGUAAUAGUUUUACUGUUUGGAAUUGCUGUAACAACAGCAGCAAAGGCUCCAUGUGUUGAAUUAAACAAUGGCGUCUUCAUGCCGGUCGUUGCCCUCGGCACAGGACGCGGGACAGCAAGCGAAUCAGCACCACUGGAUGAAGUGCGUCAGUCGGUGUAUUGGGCCAUCGAAGCUGGUUACAGGCAUGUAGACACUGCAGCCAUUUAUGGAGAUGAGCAGCAAGUUGGUGAAGGAGUGGCUCAAGCUAUAGCCAAUGGUCUGGUUACCAGGGAGGAGAUGUUUAUCACAACUAAGCUCUGGAACAAUAGACACCGCAGAGACCAAGUCGUACCCGCUCUCAAGGAAUCGCUUAGCAAACUGGGUCUGGACUAUGUUGACCUCUAUCUUAUUCAUUUCCCCAUCGCUGAAGACGACGAGGGCGCAGUCCUAAAUACAGAUUAUCUGGAAACAUGGAAAGGAAUGGAAGAUGCCAAGGACUUGGGCCUGGCAAGGUCCAUAGGUGUUUCAAACUUUAACGCGUCCCAAAUAUCCAGACUCGUCUCCAACUCCAGGAUAUGGCCAGUCGUUAAUGAAGUUGAGGUCAACCCGAGUCUAACCCAGGAGCCCUUGGUAAAACAUUGCCAGAGUCUUGGCAUUGUAGUGAUGGCGUACAGUCCGUUCGGAUUCUUGGUGUCCCGGAACAGGCCGGACGCACCACCACCAAGGGUGGAUGACCCCGCACUCGUCCAAAUGGCGCGGAAAUAUAACAAGACCACCGGUCAGAUCGUCCUGAGAUAUCUGAUCGAUCGGAAUUUAACUAUUAUACCGAAAUCCACAAACAAGGACAGAAUCAAGCAAAACAUUGACAUAUUUGAUUUUAGUCUCGCCGAGGAAGAAAUCGAUUUAAUUAAUAAAUUCAAUAAGAAUGUCCGCGUCAUUAUUCACGCGGAAUGGAUAAAAUCUGUCCAUUAUCCAUUCGAUGAUAUAAAGGUAUCUACGAGUAACAUUUAACUAUGACACGAGGAACAUUCUACAAGAGAUAUAGCAGACAACAUCAAGAACAAGUGAUUUUAUUAUGAUAAAAACUGCUUGCAUUUCCCAAGCGUUUACAAAUUAUUACUGGCACAUUUAUUAUGUUUCCUUUUUUUUUUUUUAAUAAUGACAUUAAAUAUUAAUGAAUACACAGA